AUGGCUAAUGAGACGCAGGAGAUCCAUUCCGAUAACGACCUCGAUAGAGUCCCGAUGCGAUCGUCGAUCGAGCUGCCUUCGCUCCGCGAUCACUUCAAACGGGACUCGUUGCCUCCAUUUUCAUCGCCUCGCCCUAGGUCGCUUUUGCCCUCGAUUCUCAACCACUCUCCUCCUGGUCGCUCUUCGACUCUUCCACCAAUUCAGAGGACGAACAAGCUUCCUCGCCCUCGCAAAGGAUCCAUAACCGGGGCGCGAAAAGCUAAGCAUGAGCGUUCCAAGUCCAAGGAAUUCGGGCGGCGCCCAAGUCUAGGCGAUCGGAAGGCUCUAUCAGCAGAGCCACAAACCGCCGCUUGGGCGCAGGGCAAGCGAUGGGAGGAUUUAAUCGAGGCCGCCACAUCGGCAACUGAGGUUGACGAUGAUAGACAGUCAGAGCUGGGACGGUCGCCCACUAUGCCACCGACCAUUCCCAAUAUCACUUCAAUUACAUCAGCGCCUUCACUCAAAGGAGGCCGAUCAUCCAUGCCUCCCGCUUUCCAAUCUCCGGGGUUACCCCCGCCCGCGUCGCAUCGUCCGUUCCCACCCACCUCAUAUGCAGCGUCACCCCUGCAUAAAUCUCUGACGCCACCACCGUAUGAAUUCUCGCGCAACCGUGACGCUGAUCUAGAACCCUUCCCGUCGAUUGAAUCGUCUUUAGACUCGGCGUCAACGACAUCCGGGAAGCACUUCUUCACCAACCACCUCAACUCAACUAGACAUCCCGACUCCAGCCCAGUGCUGAAUCUAUUCCCAUCUUCGGCAGCUCAGCGGCAACAUCAUCGGUUUUCCAACCCCACACCGGCCUCGUACCGUAGCAGGGAGAUACAGAUCUUCUGUGCCAGCUGCAAGCAGGCAUGGCCUCUUAACGAAUGCUUCGCCUGCACUGAAUGUAUCUGCGGGGUUUGCCGCGACUGUGUGGGUAGUUACAUGAGCAGCCCGCCAACUCCGUUUAAAAAUGUCACAUCGAGUCCUGGCAGUGCAAUGUCCCACGGCCCAACGAGCUACCCCAGUCCAACACCGCGCGGCUGCCCACGCUGCCGCACUGUGGGAGCUAAAUGGAAGGCAUUCCAACUCGAGGUUAAAUGA